UUAUUUUUACCUAGCUUGAUUGGCAACACUGAAACAGAAGUUUCACAUUUGUAACCGCAUAAAAUGCGGGAUCUCUAAUAAUCAAUUUGGAGUUUUGAAGUUUGUCACUUUUGUGAAUUUUAUUAUAACACAAAAAGGAAAAGAAAUUUCAUCUGAAUAAGGUUGAAAGAAACAAGAUGUUUAAAAUAUUUUUUGAUUAAAAUAAAUGAAUAUUUUUAAAUUAUAAAACUUAACAAUUUGAGCAAAAUGUCAACAGAAAUUGAGACAAGCUUGCUAGUGAUCAUCCUAGAUGUUAAUCCUGUACAACGAAUAGUGAAACAAGAGACAAAAAUACUGUCACAAUGUUUGGAGUCUACGAUAGUCUUUGCUAAUUCACAUUUCAUGCAAGCGUCUAAUAAUGAAGUGGCGUUCAUGGCAUGUCAUGGUCACGGUGCCAAAUUUCUCUACCCAUGUGAUAACAUAGCAGAAAUAAGACAGAUAGAUGGCCAGUAUGAGAAGUUUACUAUGAUAGAGCGUACAGUGAAACAGCAGUUACAGCAAGUCAUCAAUGAAAUUUCCAUGGAUGCUUCGUUAAACACAGAGAGUCUCAUUUCUGGUGCCCUCAGUAUGGCAUUAUGUUACAUUGCUCGAUUAGAACGAGAAAAGGUCGCCAACCAGAAACUGUAUCCCAGAAUGUUGGUGAUCACUGGCAGUAAUGAUUCAGCCACACAAUAUAUGAAUUAUAUGAAUAUAUUUUUCACAGCACAGAGACUGAAUGUUAUUCUGGAUGUAUGUAGUCUGGAUCAAGAAUUGACACUUUUACAACAGGGCUGUGAAAUUACUGGUGGAAAUUAUCUGCAGGUACCACAUCUUGCUGGAUUGCUGCAGUAUUUAUUGUGGGUUUUCCUGCCAGAUCCAAGUGUUAGAUCAAAAUUAGUUCUACCGCCACCAGUGAAAGUGAACUAUAGAGCAGCGUGCUUCUGUCAUCAGGAUCUUAUUGACAUAGGAUAUGUUUGUUCUGUAUGUUUAUCAAUUUUCUGCAAAUAUAGUCCAAUAUGUACAACUUGUCACACUGUAUUCAAAAUGCCAGGACCUAUGCCAAUGAAGAAAAAAAAGAAGAAGGCUAUAGAUAUCGUUCAUUAAUGUUAUGUAUCUAUGAUGUAUAAUGAUUCCAUGAAAUGUAAAAAAAUAAUGUCAUAAUAUAAAAAAUUUGAUAUAUAA